AUGGUACAGGUGCACAUAGAACCUACACUCAGGAGAGGACAAAUGGUAACCUAUGCGAGCAUGGCACAGGUGCACAUAGAACAUGGACUCAAGAAGACUAUAUGGACUAGCACUUCCGCAGAUGUCAUUAAAGCGGUGCAGCCGAGACAUACACGUGGAAGG